UCGUCGGUGCUGCAUUCCCAACCCAAAUCUACCGUGGGAACACCGGCCUACAUUGCACCAGAGGUCUUAUCAAGAAAAGAAUACGAUGGGAAGCGUAUACUUAGUGUCCACUACUCAAUUCCAGACUAUGUCCGAGUGUCCAUGGAUUGUCGAUAUCUUCUAUCUCGAAUAUUUGUAGCUAACCCCGAAAAGAGAAUAACCAUUUUAGAAAUUACGAAGCACCCAUGGUUCUUGAAAAACUUGCCUAUGGAACUCAUGGAAGGGGGAAGAGGGUGUUCAUCUCAAAGUAUUGAAGAAGUGUUGGAAAUAAUAAAGGAGGCAAGGAAAACUCCAGAUGGGCCCAAAAAAGGAGGGAAUUUUGUUGGAGGCAGCAUGGACCUUGACGAUAUAGACACUGAUGCAGACAUAGAUGAUAUAGAGACAAGUGGGGAUUUUGUCUGUGCAUUGUGA